AUGUUCUUACAUGCAAGCUAUGUUGGUUGCACAUGUGACAGCAAUAUUCUCAUCAGAAGUCCUGACACACAUGUAUUUGUGAUUGGAGUUGCGUUAGAAUCUGGUAUCGCAAGCUCCCGACUCUACUUUCAUACAGGAAGAGACGAAAAUGUGCGCACAAUCGACCUACAUGUGAUUAGACAACACCUUCGAGAUGACAUCACAAAUGCACGGAUUGGUCUUCAUUGCUUCACCAGUUGUGACUCUGUUAGUGCAAUUUAUGGCAAAGGCAAGGCCAAACCAUUAAAAUUUGUGCAACAAAACCCAACAUUUUGUUCAGCAUUUCAGGCACUUGGAGAAAACUUUACAGUGUCAGAAGAGAUGGUAAAUUCUCUGGAGGCAUUUAUUUGUGCACUUUACAGACUGUAA